CCCACUACAGCUGUUUGUGUUUAGAUCAUAAUUUUAUUGGAUUUCCAAAUGAUGACCGAGUUUUGAAGGAUUAAAAACUAUAUUUUCGGGAACCUUUCAAGCUAAUUACCUUAAUUGACCGACCAAGUUGACGAGCUCGUCGUCGCCAUGGACGUCAGGCAGGCCGACGGCUACUGGCGCGAAAACAUUUUGGCGCAACUCAACACCAGGAACAAGUUGCAAAACUACAGCUUUCAGGAACUAAUUGCUUGCCACAACAAAAUUUUCGAGAGUGCAACUGCCCUGCGCUCAGAAAACCUGCAGCUUUCAAUUCGAAAUGAGCAGCUUCGCCAGGAAAACUCAGAGGCGUCGAUGAGGAGUUUGCCCUCUGAUGGGAAAUCGAGUGACAAAGUCCAAGCCUUGGAGCACAAGCUUUUGAAGAAACAGGACGAACUGACGGAUCUGUUGAGGACCAAAGGUGAAAACGCCCAAGCUCUGGUCGAGCUCAACCGAAAGCUCAACGAGAAGGAAAAACUCCUCGUCAUCAGAGACCAAAAUUUAAUGGAGGCUGCUGAACGGGAGCAUCGGUUGCAGCAAAAGCUUCAAGCUACUGACACUCUUUGUUCUGAUCUGAAAGCUUCGAGUGACACUUUGAAGGACGAGUAUUACGCUCUCCAUCUGGCCUUCGAAGCUCUGCAGGAGAAACUGAGAAAAGCUCAGGAGGAAAAUGCUGUUUUGGUUGAGAGACUGAUGCGGAUUAAGGCAAAAGAUGCCGAAAAACUCAACGAAGAAAAUGAAAACUUCGUCAGGAAAAAGCAAGCAAAGGUUGCCCAGGAGUUGGAAGAGGCGGCCAAGGACACAGGCAACUUAUCUCCGGACAGAAUGGCAGUCCGAGAUCUGGGAAAUGCACUUCCAGGCUUCAGCACGGCCCUGCCUCAAAGAGUAGUCUUAAAAUUUGAUGCUCAUGACGGGGAGGUCAAUGCUGUGAGGUGGAGUCCGGUUGACAGAAUUGUGGCCACGGGAGGCCAAGACCGGAAAGUCAAACUUUGGGACAUUUCGAAGGGUUUGUGCGAAAUGAAAGGAACUCUUGUGGGCAGCAAUGCUGCUGUGAUGUCACUGGACUUUGACUCUACAGGGACAUUCCUCUUAGCAGCUUCGAACGACUUUGCCAGCCGAGUGUGGACCAUCGCCGACGAGCGACUAAGGCACACCUUGACCGGACACUCGGGAAAGGUCCUGGCGGCUAAAUUCCUCGGACAGUCGGCGCGAGUCGUCACCGGCAGCUACGACCGCACUCUCAAAGUGUGGGACCUCAGAUCUAGAGCUUGUAUCGAGACCAAGUUCGCUGGCUCCAGUUGCAACGACGUGGUGACCUCCGAGACGUUCACCUUCAUCAGUGGCCACUUUGACAAGAAAAUCCGCUUUUGGGACGCGCGCAGUGAGGGCACCACCAGCAGCGCCGGCACCGCGGCCAACGAACUCGUCCUGCAGGGCAAAAUCACCUCUUUGGAUUUGUCAAAAGAUGGAAAUUAUCUCCUGGCCUGUGUGAGGGACGACACCCUGAGAAUGUUCGACCUCCGAAUGAAGCAAGAAGUUCGCUCCUUCAGUUGCGACAACUUUAAGGUCGGGUGUGACUGGACCAGAGCCAUGUUCAGUCCCAAUGAUGAAUUGGUAGGGGUUGGAGGGGCAGACGGGGGAGUUUUUGUUUGGAACGCUCGGACUGGGCGCAUUGCUUGCGAGAGCAGCCAAAAGGAGCACAGUGGGGCUGUGACUUCGAUUGCUUGGCACACGUACGGCGGCUUUUUGGCCAGCGUGGACAGAGGAAAAAAGGCCAUCAUCUGGACUGGGGAUUAAUUUUAUGCGCAUUUUCAAAAUAUCCAUGACUUAAAUUUAUCAGAAUUGUAAGCUUUGUCUUUUAUGUACUGUAACUAAAGUCCUAAUUCAUUCAAUAAAGCUUAAACUUUGUGUCUAUA